GCGCGGGCAGCGGGACCGGCAGCGGGGGGCGAUGGCGGCGGCGGCGCCGCGCUCCUUCAGCGCCGCCGAGGUGCGGGCGCGGUGCGCGCAGGGCGCCUGCCUGGUCCGCUGCCGCCGCCGCCUCUACGACCUGAGCGGCUUCGUGCGGCUGCACCCGGGGGGGGAGCAGCUGCUGCGGCGGCGGGCCGGUACCGACGUGAGCGCCGCGCUGGACGGGCCGCCCCACCGGCACUCGGCCAACGCCCGCCGCUGGCUGGAGCAGUACUACGUAGGAGAGAUGGAGCCCGGCGAGGAGCAGAGCCACCCCGAGCCGGUGGACGAGAAGGCAGUGGAUGCUGCAGCCCAGACCCCAACGCAGAUGGAUCCUCGCUGUAAAACGGUGGAUGUGGAGAAGGACCUGGUGGACUGGCAGAAGCCCUUGCUGUGGCAGGUGGGCUACCUGGGGGAGAAGUAUGACGAGUGGGUGCACCAGCCUGUGGAUCGGCCCAUCCGCCUCUUCCACUCGGAUUUCCUCGAGUCCCUCUCCAAGACGGCAUGGUACGUGGUGUUCAUGGUGUGGGCUCCCGUGGUGCUCUAUCUCAGCUGGGUCAGCUACACCUCCCUCGCCCAGGGCAACACCAGGCUCUUCUCCUCCUUCACCACAGAGUACUCCAUCCCCGUCCACAAAUACUACUUCCCCUUCAUCUUCCUCCUGGGGAUGUUCCUGUGGUCCCUGCUAGAGUACCUCAUCCAUCGCUUUGUCUUCCACAUGAAGCCACCCGCUAGUAACUACUAUCUCAUCACCCUUCAUUUCUUGCUGCAUGGGCAGCAUCACAAGUCUCCCUUCGACAGCUCCCGCCUGGUCUUCCCUCCUGUGCCGGCCUCGCUGGUGAUCGGCUUCUUCUACGGCGUCCUGCGGCUCCUGCUGCCUGAAGUGCUGGGGCUCUCGGUGUUUGUCGGGGGGCUCUGUGGCUACGUCAUCUACGACAUGAUGCACUAUUACCUCCACUAUGGCUCGCCGAAAAAAGGCACCUACCUGUACGGCCUGAAGGCUUAUCACGUCAAGCACCACUUUGAACACCAAAAAUCAGGCUUCGGCAUCAGCACCCGCUUCUGGGAUCGCCCCUUCCGGACGCUCAUCCCCGAGGAGACCUUCGAGAAAGAGGAUUGACGGCCUCAGCACGGUGCCCAGCUGCCUGCUCCGUCCCUCCUGGGCUGGGGCUGGCAUCCCUCCCCAGCCUUUGGCAAGGCCGGCUGGCCCCUGCCCCCUUCCCUGAGGGCUGUGCCACAGCGGUGGCCCCACACCGGAGCAUCCCCAUGGUGCGCUGUGGUCCAGCUGUGGCACUGCCAAGGGGGACAGGGGGGCGAGGAUGCGGGGAAAGGGGAGGAGGAGGAGGUUGCAGGGCUCCCUGGGGGCCUCCUGCCCCUUCCUCCCUGCCGUCCUGCUCCAGGCCACGGAUGCACCGGCAGGUCUGCUGCCUGAGACAUGAAGUGCCUGAUGCCGCCCUCCCUCCUCCAUCCUGGCACCUUGCCGGAGCCCCCCCUUGCUCACAAGCCCCUGGGCCACCUCCCCAGGGCAUCCAACUUGCUGCGGUUAACCCCAUCACCUAACUUGUGCCGAGGGGCUUCUGUAUCCUGGGUCCUUCUCCCGCCCCGAUCUCAGCACAGGGUUUUCUUGGCCUGUGGCCCUUGGGGUGAGGAUCCCCCAGGUCUGGAUUUUGCCUUUUUCUAACCAGUGCACCUGUAUCUCUCUGCCAAAUUUAUCAAGUUUGUGUUUUUUGUAGACAUUGACUACUUGAAACUCAAACUCCAGUGAAGAAAAUCGCUACGAGAUGCCUUUUUUUCCUGAUCCUGUGAUUUUUUUUUUUUUCCUAAUGUUUACUGCAGAUAUUUAAAGGUUUGGAAUAAAGUUAUAUGUAAAACUGUAGACACUACAAUUGUAAAUAAACUGUAUAUUUUGAAAAAUAAAGCCUUUUAAAAAGGG